AUGUCCGACGUCCCACCAACCGAGUCCAUUCUCAAACCAGAGGAACCUAAAGAACCACAACAGUCUCCUCAGCAACCUCAGUUCCAACAAGGACCUCCGAAUUACUACCAAUUUCCACCUCAAGGUUACUACCCACCACAAGGCUUCCCGAACUACCCUCCUCAGCCUAUGCCUUACUGCCCCAACCCUUGGUUGUUGAAAAAACCAGAAUUUUCGAAAAAGUGA